CUUCUUCCUCAUCGUACCAUCCGUGAGCCGCAAAGCUGUGGUGUCAUGUCGGCAGUGACUGCAAGGAAACUCACCGGGAACCUCGGCCGAUCUUGAGCCUCCUGCCAACGCCUUUGUCCUACAAUCUCAGAUCAUCUCUGUCUCUCUCUCUCUCGCAUCCGUGUCAGCCAUGGAGUAGUAGCUCGGCAGAGGCGUCUACGAUCCGCCAUGACUGACAUCUGAGUCCGGCAGACCCGUAGAAUCCAUCACUUGGCGGGGAGCUGGUCUUAUAUCAUUACCCGCCAAUUCGUCUUAGUUCUCUGCUCGUCUUCAUGUUUCAUCCCUUCUCAAUUUACUACCAUCUGUGGUGCUUGCUUGGCACCCAUUUUCCAUCAAACCGCUUUUGGGGAAACAGUUCGUACUCUCGUACUCGUUCCGAGUCAUUAUCAAACAUCCUCAGUACCCGUAUCGUCCAUCACUCGUACUCGCAUCCCAGUCGCGCGAGUCGACUGGCUUCCGGGUUCUUGGGUUCUCGGCUGUGUCGUUACAUCGACUUCGGACCGUGACGCCGUCAACUUAUAUACACAAUCAUCUCUCAUGAUUUCAUCUCGACGAAUUCCAGCAAAGAAUUGACGGUUGUCGCUAACUUUUGUCAAUUAAUUUGAGUUUGAGCUUCUGCUUGAUACUCUCCAGACGACAUCGCCUUGAAGCGCAUCACUGCACCGCGUUUAUUUCAUCUCAAGUGAGCCGGAUUAUUUGCAUGAUCUGGCAGUAGCAUCCUCUGGGAUACCGACCGUGCAAAGACACACGUCAAAGAACGGCCAAAUGACAACCUCAUUGGCCGCGUCCCGGGAGCCCCGUUCACUCCGGGAUGCAUUACGGGCUACGGGCCGGGCAGCAUCGGCGACGCCUUCCGAGAGCCCAAGCGAAGAGGAUUACGAUGACCCGAAAUUGUCAGUGAGGCCGCGCAACGGACGAGCACCGGUCCGUCCCGGCGCAUCGCCUCUCAAGAACUCUUCGAAUCGUGAGAGGAAGCUCUCACUAGACGGCUCGACGCUAUCAGAAACUUCGAGCAUCGACGACGAGCCUCUCCGUGAUGGAUCCGGUCGUCUCAAGACAUACGUGUUGUCUCCAGAUGACCGCGAGUUGCGGGAUGUCCUCAAACGGGGUCUAGAGAGGGAAAAAGACCCAAAGAGACUACGCCGGGCCGGCAAGUUCAGCGACCUCGUCUUCACACGGCAAUUCUCCACGUUUGACCGGCAAAACGCAAACGCGGCCAACAGCCCCUUUCACGGCUUCUAUACGCUCUUUUGGCUGGCCGUAGCGCUCUUCGUCACCAGGAUCGCCGCUACAAACUGGCGGGCGACGGGGAACCCCCUGGGCACAAACGAGAUCAUGAAGACCAUGUUCCGUCGGGACGUCGUCGUGCUCCUCGCCUCUGACGGCGUCAUGUGCGCCAUCACGGGCGUUAGCUGGGUAUUGCAGCGGCUGGUCUUUGCCGGCUACAUUGACUGGGACAGGUCAGGCUGGAUCAUCCAGAAUAUCUGGCAGUCGGCCUUCAUCGGCGGCGUCAUAGGUCUUACGCUGAUCCGCGACUGGCCCUGGACGCACACCGUCUUCUUCGUCCUGCACGGCAUCGUCAUGCUCAUGAAGCAGCACUCGUACGCCUUCUACAACGGCUACCUCUCGUCCGCCUACAAGAAGCGCAAGUACCUCCUCUCCAAGCUCAAGAAGUUGGAGCACGUCGCGCCCACCGAGUUCCCCUCUUCCACCACCCCCUCGGCCUCCACCGUCUCCGUCUCCCACCUCGCCAACCCGCCCUCCGCGGCCGAGAUGCAUGGGCGGAGACAGUCCAUCGCCCAGGCGCAGGCGCAGGCACAGUCUCAAUCGCACGCAAAUGAUGGCGGCGACGAGCAGCACCAGCUGACGGACCUGGACCGCAUCGCCCGCGCCAUCGAGUCCGGACAGCCCCUCGACGCAGACCAGGUCCGGGUUUUUGAGCGCAUCAUCCGUUGGGAGAUUGACGGCAUCACGGACGAGCUCCGGGGCCAGGCGACGAGCGUCGUCCGGGCGUACCCCAAUAACCUCUCGCUCGCGAACCACUACGAGUACAUUGUUCUCCCGACGGUCGUGUACGAGCUCGAGUACCCGCGUUCCGAGUCGAUUGACUGGUACUACGUUGCCGAGAAGACGGCCGCCACGUUUGGCAUCAUUCUCGUCAUGAUUAUGGUGUCGCAGGCUUUUAUUUACCCCGUCGUGAUGCAAACCAUCGCCAUGAAGGAAGCGGGCAUGCCCCUGGCCGAGCGCUUCCGCUACUUUCCCUGGAUGCUAAGCGAUCUCAUCUUCCCCUUUAUGAUGGAGUACAUGAUGGCAUGGUACCUCAUCUGGGAAACCGUCCUCAACACCCUCGCGGAACUCACCUACUUUGCCGACAGAAGCUUCUACGACGCGUGGUGGAACAGCGUCUCAUGGGAUCAAUUCGCCCGCGACUGGAACCGCCCCGUCCACAACUUCCUCCUCCGACACGUCUACCACAGCUCAAUCUCCUCCAUGAAAGUAAACCGCCACACGGCGACCCUCAUCACCUUCUUCCUCUCCGCCUGCGUCCACGAGCUCGUCAUGUGGUGUCUGUUCAAGAAGCUGAGGGGCUACCUCCUGUUCCUACAAAUGUGUCAACUGCCGCUCGUCCAACUAAGCCGGACGAGGUGGAUGAAGGACCGCAAGGUGCUGGGGAACGUCAUUUUUUGGUUUGGCAUCUUUACGGGGCCGAGUCUACUGUGUAGUCUGUAUCUUAUACUGUGAUGGCGCAUGUAAAGAUAGUUGCCGUGAGGCUGGGACUCUGUACAAUUACAAAACAUUACUCGGAGUUCAACUCGGAGUGCGUCUGAAAAGAUUGCACGUAUACACGGAUGAUCACUGUUUGAUGAUGAUCAAGGAAGUCAAACCCCACCGAUAGACGUCAUAAGAACACAUGCAAAAGACAUGGAAAGUCACAUUUGG